UAGGCAGCCAUGGCGCUUCUUGUGCUCGCUUCGGCUCCGUCCAACCCCGCCGGCUUCGGACAGUCCGCUCCGUCGGCUCCCAAAAGGCCUCUUUUUAUCGGGGCUGCCAAACGGCCAAGCGCACGCUUGGUGUCCGCUCCAGCUUCGCUCCGGCUCCGGCUCGUUGUCGGCACGUCCUCUCUGCCUCCGGCUCUUAGGCUCGGCAGCGCAGCAGCGGCAGCCAGGACAAACAUGGUACUGUACAAUCGCCAUACACAUCUUUACUCAAAUAAAUAAAUCAGGAUAGAAACACGAAUUAGCUCUUUUCUGGUUUCCCUCUUGCUCCUGGCGGCUGGAAUCCUAGCCGCCGCCAUGAGAGGCAAAUCUUCCCGCGCCGUUCUUCGGCGGCUCCCCUUCGCCGGCGGCCUUGAUUAGGUGAGAAAGGUCGUUGGAUCCACGUAUGUGGAACAUUUUUACUCCCUCGUAGUCUAGGUUUUUAGGUUGUUCAUCGUCUUAGUUUCGACAACGACAAUAACAACACUGAAUAAAGCUUCAGAUCCUUCCCUGACGAGGCCAUCGGUCCUAUGGUUGGGGACGGAUUUGAAAACUAGUCUGUUCAAGUAAGGAUGAGGUGGCGACGGCGGCAUCCUUGUGGUGGACCCAUGUCCUCGGGCUCCGUCGUUGCGACGGCGUUUGCUCCAGCAUCGGCGCGGAGCUUGGGAGGUAGUCCAGGAGUGGAUGCAGAUUGUGGUCUGCAUCGACGACAUCUAGAAGACGAAACGUGUGCUGGUUCGUGGUUCGUGGAUGGCAGGCUACAUAUGGCAGGAACAAUUAGGAGACGAGCUCAAGGUGUUGGGAACAUGGCGGAGCCCAUUCGCUCUACGGGUGAGGCUAGCGCUCAACUUCAAGGGCCUACCAUAUGAGUACUUUGAGGAGGACCUUGACAACAAGAGCGACCUUCUCCUCAAGUCCAACCCGUUCAUUAAGAAGUUGCCCGUUCUCAUCCACAACAACAACCUGAUAUGUGAGUCACUCGUGAUCUUGGAGUACAUUGAGGAGAAGUUUAGUGAUGUGGGUCCAGCCCUCCUCCCCGUUGACCCCUACGAACGUGCCAUGGCACGGUUCUGGGCCAGGUACAUUGAAGAUAAGCUAGUCGCCCCAUGGUUGAAGAUGUUUAGGGCCAACACAAACGAGGAGAAAGCUGAAUGGAUGAGAGAGACGGUGGAGGCAGUGAAGACGCUGGAGGGGGCGCUCUCCAGAAAAUUAGCGCCCUUCUUCGGUGGUGAUGAUGUCGGGUACGUCGAUGUCGUGCUCUCCGGCAUGAUCGCGUGGAUGCAAGGAACUAAGGCACUUUGUGGUGUCGAACUCCUGGACACAACAAAGACCCCACUCCUAGUGGAAUGGACGGAGCGCUUCGCUGGGUUGGAAGGUGCUAAGGAGGUUAUGCCGGAUGUGGACAAGUUGGUUGAGUUUGCCAAGAUAAAGCGUGCCAAAAUGAUGGCACUCGAUAAUAAUUAAGCUGUGCAUGCAUGCAUAGCAUGCAUUCUCUCUAGUUGUUGGUUGGUGUUUCUCCAUCUCAGUAGUUGCAGUUUGAUUUACUCAUGCAAAGAACAAGGACUGAAAAUUAUGAAAGAAGUAGAUAAGAAGACAAUGGGAGUACACAUCCUAUAUCCUAUAUAUACAUAAGAAAUUGAUCUCCACUAUCCUAUUUA